UCAGAUGACGGUCACAUGGUUCAGUCAGCUGACGCUAACCAGCCGGACGGACGGUUCUCCUGCGGUAGAGAAGGAUCUGACGGUCGGACAGGAUGCCUUUCUCCGAGCUGUAUUUUAACGUCGAUAACGGCUACCUGGAGGGGCUGGUCAGGGGCUUUAAAGCGGGGAUACUGUCCCAAGCGGAUUAUCUAAAUCUUGUUCAAUGCGAGACCCUAGAAGACCUGAAGCUCCACCUGCAGAGCACAGACUAUGGCAGCUUCCUGGCGAACGAGGCAUCUCCUCUCACCGUGUCCGUCAUUGACGACAAGCUGAAGGAGAAGAUGGUGGUGGAGUUUCGCCACAUGAGGAACCAGUCCUAUGAGCCGCUGGCCAGCUUCAUGGAUUUCAUCACGUACAGCUAUAUGAUCGAUAACGUCAUCCUGCUGAUCACGGGCACCCUGCACCAGCGGGCCAUCUCUGAACUGGUGCCAAAGUGCCACCCGCUGGGCAGCUUCGAGCAGAUGGAGGCGGUCAACAUCGCUCAGACUCCCGCCGAGCUCUACAACGCCAUUCUGGUGGACACACCCCUUGCUGCAUUCUUCCAGGACUGUAUAUCUGAACAGGACUUGGAUGAAAUGAACAUUGAAAUCAUUCGUAACACACUUUACAAGGCUUAUCUGGAGGCUUUCUAUAAGUUCUGCUCCAACCUGGGAGGAACCACGGCUGACACCAUGUGUCCUAUUCUGGAGUUCGAGGCCGACAGAAGAGCCUUCAUCAUCACCAUCAACUCGUUUGGCACAGAGCUGUCUAAGGAGGACCGUGCCAAGCUCUUCCCCCACUGCGGCAAGCUUUACCCAGAAGGCCUUGCUCAGCUGGCCCGGGCUGAUGACUACGAGCAGGUCAAGGCUGUGGCUGAUUAUUAUCCUGAAUAUAAACUGCUGUUUGAAGGUGCCGGCAGCAACCCGGGAGACAAAACACUGGAGGAUCGCUUCUUCGAGCACGAGGUGAAGCUGAACAAGCUGGCCUUCCUCAACCAGUUCCACUUCAGUGUUUUCUACGCCUACGUCAAGCUGAAGGAGCAGGAGUGCAGGAACAUCGUCUGGAUCGCCGAGUGCAUCGCCCAGCGGCACCGCGCCAAGAUCGACAACUACAUUCCUAUCUUUUAAACCCCCCCCCCCACCCCACCACCGCCUUCUCCUUCAUCCCAUCGGCAUUUCAUUCAGUCCUACAUCUUGAACAGUGUCUCCAAUCCCACCUCGGUGUUAAAGAUCCUGACGCCUCGAUGCUAAAUUUCUUCCAUUCUUUACUCGGUGGUGUAAAUUGGUUCUCGACACCUGAGUUGGUUGUUGUAAAGCAAGUUCCAGUCAGGCUCAUUAUUGCUUACAAAGUGUAAAACAUAACCAACUUUAAGUUUUUAACUCAAAGAAAAGAAUGAUAUAAAUCUGGUGCAAGAAAGGUGGCUGGGGCAUGUUGUAACCAGCUCCCCAGGUAAGCUGUGGUAUCAACUCAUUUGACUUUCAAAACACUUAACUCCUAUUGUCUAAACGUUCUCAGGCUCAGUGUGUUGUGUUUUGAAGCACACCCUGUCCGCCUGACACAUCAGCUGGUAAAAUAAACCAGAAGAAGAGUUUGCAACAGCAAAGCCUUGGAGUGGGUGAAGCUUAAAUUCAUUUUUCCCCUGAACUUCCAGCACAUAAACACUAAUCACCUUUUUGAGAUUAUGUUCAUCUCCAGGCGAAUGAAACAGUUAAAGGUCCAGUAUAUUUAUUUCUGGAUUUAUCAUGUAUCAAAAUCAUUUAAAAAGACAAAAAUUAACGUCCCAACUCUGACCCUCAGAUUGUCCAACUCCAAAUGGACAUGAAAACAUUCCUCUGCUCAGUACCAGAACCACCAGGCUCUAUAUAACCUGUAUUUAUUUUUGUUUUAGUGCUAGGUUUUGUCAGCAUGUCUGGUUGUUACUGUGGUUUUCCCCAAAAACUAACGAGUGAGAUGUGUGUGAGCCCCGCCCGAUUUGUUGUCUUAACUAGAUUGUUGUCGGAUAUUAAAAAUACAAUCCAGCUGAACAGGAGUUUUCUGUCCGUCACUGCUCCUGUUUGAUCUCUGGAAUGAGGCAAAAUAUUGUGAGUAUAUGACAGACGUAAUGUUUAAACUAUAAAAAGAUAUAUAGAUAUUUAAAGAUGACUAUAUGAUUUUGUUUUUCUCAUGCUGUACAAAUUGAUUUGUUGCUGUUUUGAUCUGUUUCUUACUUGUGAAAUGUGUAUUGUAAAUGUGAAAAAAAUAAACAGACUAAACUGCACUGAUGCAGCUCUGGAGAAACUAAAAAAUGGCUU